AUGCAACAGAAAACCAGUCAAGUAAAAAAUCAAAGAAGAGUACCCAAACAUAAAACAAAGGGUGGUGCUCAAGCAGUCAAUGACGGUGAUGAAGUGAAUGAAGGUAAUCAAGGUAAUGCAGUGAAUGAAGGUGAUGAAGUGAAUGAGGGUGAUCAAGCAGUCAAUGAUGAUGGAGGAGCAGUAAAUGAUGGUGGAGAAGCAGUCAAUGAGAUGCAUGUGCAACAACACUAUGAUGAGGUGGAACUCACUCCUUUAGAGUUUGAUGCAUCAGGAAAUGGAGAACCUAGUCAGGUUCAUGUGCAACAACAGGAGGCUAUAGAAACACCAAUUGCAACCCUCUUGAAGAAAAUAAAGAGGAAAAAAUCUGAAAGGAUUAUCAAGUUGAAGUUGGGCAAGAUAGUUGGUGAUGUAGAUGCACCUGGGAAUUUAGAAGCUAAACCUCUUACUCUAGAAUAA